AUGGCCACUGGACAACACACCCAGCGAGCCUUCGUUGCCCUUGGUAGCAACAUGGGAGACCGUGUAGCCAUGAUUGAAGAAGCUUGCAGAGAGAUGGAAGACCGAGGCAUUAAGAUCAAAAGGACUAGCUCCCUUUUUGAGACUGCUCCGAUGUAUGUGAUUGAAACAUCAAAGAGCCCCAUGGAACUAUUGGAUACCCUACAAUCCAUAGAGAUUGACAUGGGACGACGCAAGGUCAUUGAUAAGGGGCCUCGUAACAUAGACCUGGACAUCCUCUUAUACGGGGAUAGCGCAGUCUCCAAUGACCGGUUAAUAGUUCCCCAUAAACUCAUGCUCGAACGGGAGUUUGUCUUACGUCCUCUCUGCCAGUUGAUACCCGAUGAACACCCCUUGGUCGAAGGAAAGGACAAAACAUAUACCUCGCAUUUACAGGCUCUUCCUCCAUCUAACCCUCCCCCGGUAGCAAUGAUACCCAUGCCUGCAGGUUUACCCCCAAUCACUCCUACCAACCCCUCUCGCAGCACCCUCUUGAUGGCAGUUCUCAACGUCACGCCCGACUCCUUCUCAGAUGGUGGAACCCACUCAUCCACGGAUCCAACAGCUCUUCUUGCAACAGUCAAGGCUUACAUACAGGCUGGUGUCUCCAUAAUUGACGUAGGAGGCGAAAGCACCCGUCCCAAUGCCGAACCAGUCACUGAAGCAGAAGAACUAUCCCGCGUCAUACCUGCUAUAAAACUCAUCAGAUCUCUCCCUGAAGCGUCCAAGGUUGCGAUCAGCAUUGACACAUACCGCGCUGCCGUUGCCGAAGCAGCCGUCAAUGCAGGAGCAGAUAUAAUAAACGAUAUAUCCGCUGGCCUCCUUGAUCCAGACAUGCUUCCCACCAUGGCCCAGCUACAGAAGACAGUCAUGCUCUCCCAUACGCGAGGAACACCAAAGACAAUGAAUAAACUCACCCAUUACCCAGACGGUGUACUAGCCGGAAUCCAGGCCGAGCUAGCAGAGCGUAUCCGCGCCGCUGAACAGGCGGGCGUUAGACGAUGGCGCAUCAUUGCCGACCCGGGUGUAGGAUUUGCCAAAACACAAGACCAGAAUUUGACUAUCCUCAGGAACCUUGAUCAUUUGAGGCAGGCGGAGGAGCUGCAAUAUAUGCCGUGGUUGCUCGGGGUCAGCAGAAAGGGGUUUAUCGGUCAUAUUACGGGAGUCAAAAGGGCUGAUGAACGCGCUUGGGGUACCGCUGCAGCUGUUACGGCGGCUAUUGGCGGUGGAGCAGACAUUGUUCGUGUGCAUGAUGUCAAAGAGAUGUCACAGGUUACUCGUAUGGCUGAUGCUAUCUACAGGCCGAACUUGUAA